CAACAGUUGAUGGUCCUGUAGCCACUGCCCCAUCAUUCCUGUUCCUGUGGACUUGGUCUCAUGGCUCUGGCAAAGGUGCCGGAGACAUGCCUGCUCACUGUACGAAUCCUCCAGGCCCACGGCUUGCCUGCCAAAGACCUAGUGACAUCCUCUGAUUGCUAUGUGACUCUGGACCUGCCCACGGCCUCCAGCCACACGCUGCAGACACGCACGGUCAAGAACAGCAGAAACCCUGUCUGGAAUCAGAACUUCCACUUCCGGAUCCACAGGCAGCUCAAGAAUGUUGUGGAACUGAAAGUCUUUGACAAGGACCUGUUGACCAAAGAUGACCCCGUGUUGUCAGUGCUCUUUGACGUGGGGACUCUACGAGCUGGGGAGUCCCGGCACCAGAGCUUCUCACUGAGCGCUCAGGAGGAUGGGCGCUUGGAAGUUGAAUUUCGGCUGCAGACUCUGACAGACCGUGAGGAACAGCUCAUCAGCAAUGGCAUCCUGGUGGCCCGGGAACUCUCCUGCUUGCAUGUUGAACUGAAGAGGACAGGAGACCCAAAGGGGUCAGAGAGCAGAGUUCAGCUUAUGGUUGCUGGGGCCUGUGAGGGCCCACAGGAUGCCACUGUGGGCACUGGUUCUUUCCAGUUCCAUUAUCCAGCCUGCUGGGAACAAGAUCUGAAUGUUCAUUUGCAGGAGGAGCCCCAAGAGCAACUGAAGGUGCCCCUACGAGCCCUACCCCCUUCACAGCUGGUGAGACUCGUCUUCCCCACGUCUCAGGAGCCACUGAUGAGGCUGGAACUCAAGAAGGAAGAAGGACCAAAGGAGCUGGCUGUGCGGCUGGGCUGUGGGCCCUGCCCGGAGGAGCAGGCCUUCCUAAGCAAGAGGAAGCAGGUGGUGGCUGCCGCCCUGAAAAAGGCCUUACAGCUGGAUCAAGACCUGCAGGAGGACGAGGUCCCAGUAAUUGCUGUGAUGGCCACUGGUGGCGGGAUCCGGGCGAUGACUUCCUUAUAUGGGCAGCUGGCUGCCCUGAAGGAGCUCGGCCUCCUGGACUGUGUCUCCUACAUCACUGGGGCUUCAGGAUCCACCUGGGCAUUGGCCAACCUCUAUGAGGACCCAGAGUGGUCUCAGAAGGACCUAGCAGGGCCCACUGAGUUGUUGAAGACCCAGGUGACAAAGAGCAAGCUGGGCGCACUGGCCCCCAGCCAGCUUUGGCGGUACCGGCAGGAGCUGGCUGAGCGUGCCCACCAGGGUCACCCGGCCUGCUUCACCAACUUGUGGGCCCUUGUCAAUGAAGCCUUGCUGCAUGACAAGCCCCAUGAACACAAACUCUCAGAUCAGCGAGAGGCCCUAAGUCGAGGCCAGAACCCUCUGCCUAUCUACUGUGCUCUCAACAGCAAGGAGCGGGGCCUGACCACCUUUGAAUUUGGGGAAUGGUGUGAGUUUUCUCCCUAUGAAGUCGGCUUCCCCAAGUAUGGAGCCUUCAUCCCCUCUGAGCUCUUUGGCUCCGAGUUCUUCAUGGGGCGGCUGGUAAAGCAGCUUCCUGAGUCCCGCAUCUGCUUCCUGGAAGGUAUCUGGAGCAACCUGUUUGCAGCCAGCCUCCAAGACAGCUUGUACUGGUCCUCCGAACCCAGCCAGUUCUGGGACCGCUGGGCCCAGGAUCAGACCAGCCUGGACAAAGAGCAGGUCCCCCAUCUGAAGAUAGAAGAACCGCCGACAACAGCUGGCAGAAUCGCCGGGUUCUUCGCUGACCUCCUGACAAAGCGUCCGUUGGCCCAGGCCACCCACAACUUCAUGCGCGGCCUCCACUUCCACAAGGACUACUUCCGUCACCGUCACUUCUCCGCCUGGAAAGCUACCAAACUAGACGGGCUCCCCAAUCAGCUGACGCCCGCCGAGCCCCACCUCUGCCUCCUGGAUGUCGGCUACUUCAUCAACACGAGCUGCCCGCCCCUCCUGCGGCCAACACGGGCUGUGGACCUCAUUUUGUCACUGGACUAUAACCUCCACGGAGCCUUUCAGCAGCUGCAGCUCGUGGGCCGGUUCUGCCAGGAGCAGGGUAUCCCCUUCCCAGCCAUAUCCCUCAGCCCUGAGGAGCAGCACCAGCCUCAAGAGUGCCAUGUGUUCUGCGACCCCGCCCAGCCUGAAGCCCCAGCUGUGCUACACUUCCCUCUGGUCAACGACUCCUUCCGGGACUUCUCGGCCCCUGGGGUGCCACGGACAUCGGAGGAGAAGGCAGCCGGGGAGGUGAACCUGUCAUCUUCCGACUCCCCAUACCACUACACGAAAGUGACCUACAGCCGGGAGGACGUGGACAAGCUGUUGCGCCUGACGCAUUACAACCUCUGCAACAACCAGGAGCAGCUGAGGGAGGCCAUGCGCCAGGCCGUGCAGCGGCGGAGACAGCGCCAACAGCACAGGCCGGAGUGACGGCUGCGGUACCCUGGCUGGACUCCCACCUGGGUCACCUUUGACCCUCAGCUCCUUCCCCUUCUGCUCGGAGUUCAAGACCGGCAUCACCAAGUCUGGGACCUCCACACCUGACACUAAACCUGUCAGCAGUUCCGUCACAGAGUCCAGGCUGGAAGCUGCAGGCAGAGGUGCUACGGCCAUCAUUCAUGGUACUAGGAGUGGCCUAGAUCAUGGCUACCCUUGAGAGGGACUUGGGGCUCGUUCAAGAUGGGGGCAGUGUUGGCUGCAUGACAGGACACUGUGACAUGGAACACGUUACAUGUUACAGGGACUCUUAUAAACGGGAGACACUUGAGUGGCGCCCUCCCAAGAUCA